AUGUCGGCGCAAACACAGAAGAAAGUCUUUAUCGUCACAGGUGGUGCAUCCGGAAUCGGCCUUGGAAUCACUCGUUUCCUCGCUUCCCAAACCCAUGCCACCUUAACGCCAGUGCACAUCUCCAUCUUCGACAUUAACGCAACCGCGGCUGCGCAGACGGUCUCGACGCUUCAGCAGGAGUUUCCUGCUAUUAGUCUGAGUUCUCAUCAGUGCGACGUGGCUUCGUGGGAGAGCCAGGCGGCGGCGUUUGAAGAUGUCGUAAAACACCAAGGUCGAGUCGACUAUGUGUUUGCCAAUGCUGGGGUUACCGAGAGGGGGACGCUGAUCGAUAAGAACGAAGAGAAACCGUCGAAACCGGUUUUGGCAACGCUAGAUGUGAAUUUGUCGGGUGUUAUUUACUCUAUCAAACUGGCUAUUCACUACAUGCUCAAAAACGCCCCGAAUAGCAGCGGCUCCAAAGGCGGUAUUAUUUGCACAGCCUCAAAUGCUGGCAUAUACUCUUUCCCCAUGGCGCCCUUUUAUGCAACCGCUAAACAUGGUGUUGUCGGCCUUGUGAGAUCGCUGGCCAAGCCGCUCGGAUUGGAAGGAAUCCAGAUCAACGGACUUGCCCCCGCGGUUGUCGAAACGAAUAUCGCCUCUGACGGGGACCUCUUCAAACACAUGAUCAUUACGCCCAUGUCAACCGUGACCAGGGCGGUCGAGACGCUCCUGACGGACUCGAGUUUGACGGGCAAGAUUGCAGAGUUGUAUGAAGGGAAUGUGACGUUUGUGGAGCAGCCGGCUUAUGCAGACGAGAAUGUGAAAAAAAAUAUUGAGAUGUUUUGGAAUUUGGGAUAUGCGUGA